CCGAAAAAAAAAAAAGUGAAAGAGUUUGAAAGGCAUGGAUGAGGAGAAGGAGAAUUGCACAAUUCACCCAGCAGUUGCGCCGCUGUCCUACUUGUUGGGCAGAUGGAGAGGGGAAGGUGAAGGAGGAUACCCCACCAUCAACUCCUUCCGCUAUGGCGAAGAGCUUCACUUCUCUCACUCUGCAUCUGGGAAGCCCGUCAUAGCCUACUCCCAGAAGACCUGGAACCUCAAUUCUGGUGAGCCCAUGCACUCUGAGACCGGCUAUUGGCGUCCCAAACCUGAUGGCUCCAUUGAAGUUGUCAUUGCUCAGAGCACUGGCCUUGCUGAAGUUCUUAAGGGGACAUACAAUGCAGAGGACAAAGUGAUCAAGCUUCAAAGCCAGGUUGUAGCCAAUGCUUCCAAGGUGAGGGAGAUAAGUCGAGUUUUUGAGAUGGUUAAUGGAGAAUUAUGUUAUCGUGUUCAAAUGGCUACCAAUGUUACCAGUCUUCAGCCACAUCUGAAAGCAGUGCUCAAGAAGCUGUCUUAGAACUUCCAACUUUUAAUUUUCAGGAUGCAAACUAGUCCAUUCUAUUUGGAUCAAAACUAGUUUUUGAUUUCUGGUUCCCCAAAGUCACAAAUACAUAUAUGGGUCAGAAAUUGGAUUAUGAGAGGAUCAUAUAAUAAUCGCAUAAUACAUGUGUAAUUGCAAAUAAGAUUUUUCAAACUCUUAGUGUGCAAGAAACUUCAUGGCAGACAGCUUGUGCUUGAAAGAUGUUGUAAUUUAUUGGGUGCAAACCAGCGAUUGGAUUGAUUUGUUUAUAAUUCCUUACAAACACGCUUCCUUGUAUCCAUCAUCUGCCGUUUGACUAAAUCAACUCUCUUAAAACUCAA